AUGAAGCUGAGUAUAUUGUAUGAAAUGGAUGUAUGUUAUUUUUGGUUUAUAAGUGUUUUGACUGGUUUUAGCAUUUUACUAAAUCUGCACGAUAUCCAAAGUUUGAAAACGUCUGGUGUAUGCAAGCAGUAUGACGGGUCGCAUCGAUGCUGCAGCAACUAUCGACAAGAGGGUCAGCAUUGUAUUCCGUGUGUUGGAUCUUUUGGUAUCAACUGUUCAGGAAGAUGCGUUGACGGGUUUUAUGGUUUUGGAUGUCUGAAUCGCUGUAACUGCAGUGAUGACCAAAUAUGUGACCAUGUUGUCGGAUGUAAAAGAGUCAAGACAAAGCAUGAUACAGAAUCUACAAGAAUAUAUAUCUUAAGCCUGUCGUCUGGAUUUAUAAUAUGCUUACUGGUUUUACUGGUCAUAGUUGCAAUGAAAAGAAAAAUGACACCAUCUCGAAAUUACCAGCAAGAACUUGUUAAUACGGAGAGUACACUCGUAGAAUAUUCAUUUCCUGAGCACCAGGGGUACUUAGAAUAUGAUCCAAGGCAAAUGUUAGAAAUUGUAAACCCAGAACAUCGAUUUAAAGACUCACAAAGCAGGAAAUCGAGAUUUGAGCACUACGAAUCCAUUAAUUCGAAACAUAUAUCAACAAAAGUCAAAACUAUUUCUUCAUGAAGUCACAUAAAAAUCAUACUAGAGAAAUAACGUCGUUCAUUUGUAAACGAUGCAAAGUCUACCAAAAGGAAAGUGAUAGGGAAAGUAAAAAUGUUUUGUGUCUUAUAAAAAAAUUCUUCUCAUGAUGUUGCUGAGGAACAGUACUUAUCUUACUUUAAAAUCGACUGAUACAUAUAAUUCACUCUUUACCAAAUAGCUGCGAUUUUAUGCAAAAAAGGAAGAUUCAUUUUAUGAACAAUAUCCACUGCAUUUAAAGCUAAACAUGUUUAAAAAAGACAUGAUUAAGUUUACGGUCCAAAAAUUAAAUUUGAUAUACUUAAGUAUGUUUUCAGAAACAUUAAUGAAAAUAAUUUGUCGGCAUUUUAUUUCCAUAUGAAAAAACAAAAAAACAAAACAAAAACCGACUUAAAAAAAACCAAAAACGAAACAAACAUUUACUUUAGUCAGCGUUCGUUUGAAGUUAUCAUUUCGUUUCUUGAUUUUAAAAAAACCUGUUUAUCUCAAUUUUAUGAUCAAAUACCCAAGUUGAGAAAUAUCUCAAUGUGAGUCAAUUGUUUUGAUGAUUUGAUAAAUUUGAGUUUUAUAUUAGAUAUUUCGAAUGAUUUUACAUAAUUUUGAUACGAUAUGAUGUUAAUUUUCAAAACGUACAACUUUAAAAUUUACUAAUGCUAAAAAUAUUUGAAAAAAAAUAAAGAUUUCAACAACAACAAAAUUGAAAACACUCCCCCCCCCCCAACAAAACUCUUAAGAUACAAAAUGAUAUCCUACUAUGGGAGCAUUAUGUAUUGCAAAGACUUAAGUUUGUUUUAUAUGCUUAAAUCAUAAAAAAUAAUGGGUUCCUGUGUAGCAAAAUAUGAAAGGAAUUUAUUUUUCUUUGACAUUUGCGACAUUUUAACUUGAUAUGUUACUAAACACACAUCUUGAGAUGGUAUGUGUUUAAGAUGGUUAGAACCGUUGUCCUCGAACCCAUAGUUCCACAUGCUAAAUCUAAGGUGCACAAAAUCAUCAAAUAGAAAACCGAAAAAGUCAGAUACAUCGCUGUUUAAAACAUAUUGGUGUAAAAGCUAAUAAAGGCCUAAUAAGAUUUGUUCUAUGUUAUAUAAAAUUCACUGUGCAAUCCAUCCUCUUUGAAUAGCAAACUUGAGUUUUACUUACAGUUGAAUUUUAUAUAGCAAAAUACAUAUUGAAAACAAUUAAAUAUAUCGAAGAAACUGUUCUUCGAGGAAGUGGUGGACUCACAACUGACUUUGUAUUAUGUCAUUAACUACAUUAUGCCAAGUUUAGUUGCAUGUACAAAAACUAAGAAGUAAACCUGAUGGCAGUAGACGGACAGUAUUUGGUACAUGGUAAUUUUGUAAUUAUUAUUGAAUAUUUUACUUGAUUAUUUUCCAGUGCAGUUUCUCUCUAACCACUGCUAAGAAUUUCAUGAAAAUUUGUAAGUAGUAAAAAUACAAUCUGUAGAUGAGCCUACUUGCAUGGAAUUUUAUUUAUUAAAAUUGUAUUGGAUUCUUUCCAAUUUGAACUACUGGUACUGUACCAGUUAUCGGCUAAGACCAGUUAUCGGCUAAACUGAGGGUUCGGGUUUAUAGCACCGACAAUCCAAGAUUUUUUAAUUCAGUCGUCUUUUUUGAAUAAAGAAAAGUAAGUUUGCUUGAAAACUUUCUUGAAUAUGUUUUAUACAUGAGCUUAAACGAUCAUUGUUUACCGCUGAUUUUACAUCUUUGCACUUUCAGCAGUGGGGGAAGUGACGUAAUAAGUUAAAAAUAGAAUAUUACAUCUUGUGGUACGUUAUUAUACCCCUUCUUUGAUUUGACAUAUAAAAUCAAUACAUUUAACAUGUAUAAACAAAAGGAAUUCACGAAUUACCGAGAGAUUCGUAGCGCAAUUGAACGCCUGAUUGCACAAUUAUAUAUUGAAUAGUAUACGAUUUGGUGUAUUACCGUAUGAUUAUAAACGAAUUAUUUUAUGAGUUUUGAUUAUAAUGUAUCAUGACCCCGAAUACUUUAGUUUAACCUCACAAGGGGCAUAAUUCAAACUACAUUUAGCAGAGUAUAAAAUCAACAUGAACACGGAUUUUUACUAUGUUAUUAUCACGAAGCCGAUAACUGGUAAAGUAAAUCGUAAAAACACGGCAAAUUCGGGGCGUGCUUAAAAGCACAAAACAAGAUGUUUUGGGUUCUAAAUAAUGAUAUAAACUAACAGAUUGAUAAGUAAGGAAUUCACUUUUUAAAGUAUGUCAAGUUUUAUCCAAAAAUAUCAAGAAAUAAGGAAUUACGUAAAGAAAACGUUAAAUUUUAGCGGAUAACUGGUACAGUGCCAGUAUGGCCAGUAUUUAUAAUAGUAAUAUACAGUUUGUCAGCGGAAAUCCUAUUAAACAGCAUAAUUUCAUGAAAUUUUGUAGGUAACAAGAACACGAUGUAAAGGUGUACAUACAUGUAUUAGCAGGUAAUUUCCAUUCCAUAUGCAAUAUU